AUGGCGGGAAGGAAAAGGAGAAGUGGAAGGGCUCUUGGUGUUGAGUUGGAUUGGGCUUUAGCAAAAUACCCUCUUAAGAUACGGUUGACUCACCGUGCCCUAAACAUGAAACAAGGGUAUAAACUCAAUGUCGUUAUUUUUUUGGUGACCGAGGAAAAUUUUAAGAUUCGGCUUGACUAA